UAGUAGUGAUAGUAAUAGUAAAAUAAUAGCUUAGAACACAUACAUUACAAUUUAUUUAUCGACUUAUGACUUCAAUAUCUCAGCAUCAAUAUAUUUUAAAUGAUAAAAGUAGUAGUAAUAUAAGCGAAUAUUGUUGUUGCUGUUGCUGUUGUUAUUGUUCAUGUGUUACUUCUCCAAAGCAACAAUUAAAUGAUAAAGACCAACAGAAUUUGGUUUCACCAUGGUUAUCUGAUACGAUGUCUAAAAUUAGUUCCAUACAUUCUUGCUAUAAUUGUAUAUUCUCUACUAAAAGUGAAAAUACCGAAGGAAAUGAAAUUGAUACACCAUUAUUAUCAUCAUCCAUAGAAUGCACUGUACCUGUUAACUCAAACAUGUUAGGAGAGAAAGAGGAUUCAAUCAUAGAUUUAGAAAAAUUAAAAAAUAAAAAACUUCAUGCAAUCACAGAGCUUUUACAAACAGAACAUGAUUAUGUUCAAGAUUUAACUUACCUAGUAAACGUCUAUUUGAAUCCGUUAUCACAGCAGCUAUGGAUGACUUCAGAACAUAAAUCAAUCAUUAUUCGAAAUUUACAUGAAAUCCUUGAUUUUCAUAAACAAUUUAUUACUUUAUAUAAUAUAGUCUCAAUAUCUAAUCAUGAUUGCUCUUCUAUUGCCAAGGCAUUUCUUGAUCAGAUUAGUCAGUUUUCUCUUUAUAAAUAUUACUGCGAUAUGCAUGCAGAAUCAUGGUCUCUGAUGUCUGAAUACAGAGAUCGACAAGAAUGGACAAGCUUUAUAAAAGAAUGCGAAAUCCUCUAUUCAUCGUCUCUGUCUUCACCUAUUUUACCAGAAUCACAACAAGAGCAGCAAAUACAGCAUCAUCUUAAAAAAUUACACUUUGAAGAUUACUUGAUAAAGCCUGUCCAGCGAAUAUGUCGUUAUCAGUUGCUUAUCAAAGAAAUAAUACGAUAUACUUCUUUGCACACAGCAGAAUAUGAUUUAUGGAAUAGUGUACUAAGUGAAAUACAGGACUUAGUGACUGAGAUCGAUGAUCGUAAACUUCAAAGGGAUAUGAAAGAAAGAACAGAACGAUUUAUAGAACGUUUAGAUAAUGAUUGGAGGAUUAGUAAAACACAUGUCUCUCAGUUAGGUAACUUAUUAAUUGCUGGUGCCAUCGAGAUUACCUACUCUGCCUUGGGUCAAAGUAUAUCAAAGCCAAGAUAUCUCGGCUGUUUUGUAUUUCCAACUUAUAUUAUCAUGGUCAGGCCAAAGAAGGUAACAAGUUAUGAGCCUAAACAUUGGUUCCCACUUUUGGCAGUCGAAUUUGAAAAUCUAGCAGAUAAUGAAGGUCAAAGAGAGCAUUCAUUUAUAAUUCGCUUUAAAAAGCACACCUUUGUAUUUAGUGCUAGUUGUUCACAAGAAAAGCAAGUAUGGGUUAAAAAAUUACAGGAAGCUAUUGUGAUGGCGAAAAUGAAGAUUACAGAUGAAACUAAAUCUGCUAAAGCCGCGCAUCACUUUAUUGUUUCUUCACUAUCUGGAAUAUCGAGCAAACAACCUGUAUCAGAUGCUUGUCUAACACGCUCAUUUACAAAUUUCUUGGAUUUGUCCUUUGCGGGGAACCCAGAUACAGCCACUUUUCCUCCAUCUGAAGAAAAUCAAUUUUCCUUUUCCAGAAAAAUACUAAAAAGAUCUGUAUCCACAACUGUUCAAGUGGAUAGCACCCUCUUAAAGCAUUCCACCCUUCCUAAUGUUAUAUCAAUAGUACCGCCUUUAACAAAUAAACCAUCAGUCGAGUCAUUAGAGAAAAAGGACUCAGCAGCGGAUCAUUUUGGAUAUUUCAAUAGUACUAGUAAAGGACUGGACAAUAGACCGAGACUGAAGCCUAGGAAUAAUUCUGAAAUGUAUAUUAAACCUGACUUAAUGGGUUCAGGACUGAAUCGUCGUAGGCCUAGUUCACUUGAUCUCUUUGCUUCUUCCACACAUAAUACGGGUAGUAGUAUGAUAGGCAAGAUGUCGCUGCAAUUAAAAAAUAAUCACCAACAUGCACUUCGAGUCACUGUGGAUCAUAAGCUACGAGAUGUGUGCACACAGGAAUAUCUAUCAUCAAGGGCAUGGUAUAUAAGAGAUAGGGACCAACAAAAUAGCCCCUCCUUUCAUGUGUCUAACAGUGUACAGAAUAGCAACACCACCAUCCUAAAUGGGGGUAGUCCAAGUCAUCAUGAUUUGUUAAAGAAACAAAAGUCGACCCCAUUUAUCAAAACAUCGGCUUCUAGUUUUUCAAUCAUGAUUCCAAAAAGAGCUAAUGAAAUUAAGCAAUCCAGUUCACGGACAGAUUACGAACGCCAGUCACUUGACAGUUCCUGCUCCAUCUCCAUUGAUCCCUCCAUUUCACCCACAACAAUAACAACGGGUCGGUUCUACAGAAAUACAAGAUCCUCUUUAAAAUCAAGUCAAUUAUUCAUAUAUCGAUUAUCUCAAAAUCAACAAGAAAGUAUAUCAGAGGUCUCUCAUUCUUCUAGCAGUGAAUAUAGCUUUACUGCAAGUCUUAGUUCAAAAGAGAGUAGUCAUAAAAAAACAACAGCAGGGAAAAAAGAGAUCUUUGUUGGAAAAAUGUUAAGACGAUUUUCAAGCUUUCAUCAAAAAUCCCGGACAUCAUAUAUACACUUUGUACAAUAGAAUGAUUUCCAGCAGAUUAAAAAGUCGGUUACAGUAGGUUUCAAUGAUCGACCCAUGAGUAAAAUGACUGAUCAUGAUGAAAUGGAGGAGGAAUUACUAAAUAUAGAUCAAAUAAGCAAAACAAAUAGUGAUUUAUUUGCUUUUUCAUAUGCUUCUACACCUCCUGAAAUGAAUGUGUUGGUGACAAAAAAGAAUGAAAAGAAAUGGAAGAAACGAUUAAGUAAUUUAAGUACAUCCUAUCUCUUUAAAUCAAAAAACAACACCACCGCUACUACAAAAUAAUAUUUAAUUUAAAUUCCCUCUUCUUCCCUUUCACUUGUAUUAUAUAAAUGUUAUUGCACGGUAUAAUUUUUUUUUCAUUCCAUAACAUACUUUUUAAUAAAUAGUCUACGUAUACUUUUUUUUUUA